AUGCUGUUCACUACAUUCCCACUUGAAGAUACAUGGGCAGAUGAUGUUGGUGCUCUUGGAGAAGCUGAGGAUGGAAUUACGGGUCUAGUCGCCGAUGAGGUAGGUCUCGCCGAUGCUGAAGAUGAUGGCUUCGUUCCCCAGGAGGGGAACAAGCGAACCAUCCCGUCGAUGUCACAGUACAAAAGGAUGGUAUUGAGUUAG